AGCUUUGUAGUCUGCUACAGAACAGUGACAAAAGCUACUCAGCUGGUUGUGUCAGAUAGACACGGUCGGUUAGUUCAUAUGCAUUAUUGUAUCAUUGAUUGUUGUUGAAUGGAGGCAGUGUUGUCAGCAGCGGUUAGGAUCUGGCCUGUCUGAAUGUGAACGUCGCGUCGGUGGGCAAUAUCAACAAUAUUCAUUAUUGAAUCAUUUAGUAAGUUCGGAGUGAAGCUGGCUGCGGUAUGGCGAGUUGUGCGCGCCACACACAAAGUCUCAACGUGGAAUUUACAGAUCUCACAUACAAAGUAAACAAGAAGACGAUCCUAGAUGGGGUGAGUGGCAGGUUCAGAUCAGGACACCUCAGUGCCGUGAUGGGGCCCUCAGGAGCUGGCAAGACUUCCCUCCUCAACAUUCUCUCCGGCUUCAUAUCACCAUUGUGUCUGGAAGGCACCAUCACUGUGGGUGGGGAGCCCAGGAACCUGUCGAAGAUGCGACAACAGUCGUGUUACAUCACGCAAGAGUUCACCAUGCUGGACUACCUGACUGUGAGGGAGACUCUGCACAUUGCGUCCUGCCUGAAGCUGCCAGCUACCAUCAGUAACCAGAAGAAACACAUUGUAGUAGAAGAGGUUGCAUCCACACUCGGUCUUGUGGGAGUAUUGGACUCUUAUGUACACAGUCUCUCAGGGGGUGAAAAGAAAAGGGUCUCCAUCGGUCUAGAGUUAGUCACCAAUCCUCCUAUCAUGUUCUGUGAUGAGCCAACCAGUGGCCUGGACAGUUUCUCAUCAUUUCAAGUGAUGACACACCUGCAGAGCCUGGCUAUGGGUGGCCGCACCAUCAUUGUGGUGAUCCACUCGCCCAGCUCCCGACUGCUGGAGUUGAUAGAUGAUCUGCUCAUGUUGGCUGAGGGUCGGUGUAUCUAUAACGGCACUCUGAAGGACCUCUUGCCCACCCUCGAGGCCAUUGGGCUACAGUGUCCACAGUACUACAAUCGUGCAGACUUUGCUCUGGAGGUGGCCUGUAAGGAACGUGGAGACCACAUCAAGGAGCUGGUGGCCAUGAGCACUCAGAAACACAACAAGCGAGCCGGAAGCUUCUACGAGGACAUCCUGCCCACCUGUAAUGACAAGCCUUCGGCUACAGAACAGAGUAGUAUGCUAACCAAUGGGAGGGAUGGAUUAGUGACAAUAAACCUUAAAGAGGGUGCAGAAAUCAAUAUAGAACUUCAAAAAAUGAAAACUAACCCUUAUGCAGUUUCAAGAUUCACACAACUCUGUAUAUUGUUCAGGCGAUCAACUAUAUGCAACAUUAGGGAUUUGAGGUUGGCCUUCCUGAGACUCGCAGCACACAUACUUGUGGCCUUAUUGUUAGGAGUAGUUUAUUACGACUUUGGAAAUGAUGGAGCCAAAGUGUCAAGUAAUUUUUCUUGUAUAUUUUUCAUAGUCCUCUUCCAUUUCUACGGAACUGCAAUGCACACUGUCUUAACAUUUCCGAUGGAAGCGAAUGUGAUUGUACGAGAACACUUCAACAACUGGUAUGCUCUGAGCAUGUACUACCUGGCCAAAGUUCUCGGUGAUUUGCCUUUCAUGAUAUUCUGUCCUGUACUCUUCCUGUCAAUCACGUACUACUUGACAGGGCAACUUCUAGUAUGGGACCGUUUCCUCAUGUUCCUUCUUAUCAGCAUUGUUCUGACCAUCUUAGCCCAGACUAUUGGGUGUGCAUUUGGAGUUGUCUUCCAGCCUCAGUUGGCUAUUUUCUUGGUGGCCUCAUGCACGAUGCCGAUGUUUCUCAUCUCUGGUUUCUUCAUCCACCUCAACGAUCUGUCACCCUACAUGAAGUGGCUCUCCUACUUCAGUAUAUUUCGGUACAGCCUCGAGGCUGCAGCCAUCACUGUGUUCGGUCUGGAUCGCAAAAUGCUUGGCUGCUCGGAGGACUAUUGUCACUUCCGACGGCCAAAGAAGUUUCUUGAAGAGAUGGGCCUUGAAAAUGGUAGCUACUGGGUUAAUGUUGCCGUCCUCUGCUUUGCAGUUGUUAUAAGUCAAAUAGCUUUGUACUUCAUGUUGAGAUGGAAGAUAUCGAGAGGAAAGAUAAGAUAAUCUGUGAUAGCACUGUAUAUAUAUCUGACAUUUAAGGGAGGAAUGGUGUAUAUAAUACACCUUUACUUAUUAUUCUACUUUAUUAUUACUGAUCGUAGUAAUUAAGUUUUUGUAUUAUUAAGUUUUUAGUCUUCUCAACCUCUCUAUUAAGGUUGACAUUUUAAAAUAUUUUUCUGCCUAAGAUAGUAAAUCGAUUUUAAAAACUAUAAAAUAUUUAAAUACAAUUUCUUAUAGUUUCUAACUUCAAGAAGCUUCAUAUACACUGCAUGUCUUCCUAUUUUGACUUCCUAAUCUUAUAAUGCUUACCAAUGCAUAUUACUUUAUGCUAAUCCUAUUUAGAACUGUACAACAGUCUUCUGAACAGUUAAAUCAAAUUUAAUAUUAGAAGCAGCGUGUUCUCUUUUUAAAACAAUAAAGUCCUUGAUUAUUGAUAGAAAACUAGACAGUUGGGCUAUUAAUUAAUAUCACUGUCUGAGGAUCAGUUGAUCUGAGGAUAGUUAAACUAUUAUACAGCCCCCACAUUGUUGUACACAUAUUCAUCUCUUAUUGUCAUAUGACAAUGUCUUGUGUCAUUAAAGACAAAUAAAACUACAUAUCGAUUGUAUGGAGUUGUCUCAAGAUAUUGCCUGUGUUGUGUCACACUGCCUCCUCAAUUUGACUGUCCCUUGUUUAUCAAAGAUGGAAAACGUUGAUAUCCCCACUAGUGGUCUUCCAGUUGUACACUUUAUGUAAUACAAUAGAGUCCCACACAACGGAAGUAAAUGGUAUUGAGAGCACGUUAGAUAUGAAAAACAACUGUAAGAGGGUGGGUAAGAGUAGGGGUUAGGGGGCCACAUCCUUUAGGCUUGCAAAAAACUAACAAUAAGGGAGUUCAAUCCACUCCAAUCAUCCUCUGUAUUAAUCUACAACCCUUUGUUCCUUACUUCAACAUUUGCAGCACACUUUUGGAUUGCCCAUUUGUGGUUUUGCUGAACACAGUGUGGGCAGGUAAAAACCAGCCAGAAGUAAACUCUCCUGGAGAUAGCGCUGUAGUCAUGUUCAGAGUAUGUCUUUCAAUUCUAACAUAAAAGUAGAAUAUAGGUUAAUUUUGUCUAUAUCAAGUUGGACUCUUAAUUCACUAAAUAGCAUGAUAAAUACAAUUUGAACACAAUAUGCUGAUAUGUAAACAGUUUUAGAAUAUGUUGGAUUGGAAUUCACUCACUUAAAGCGUAAAAAUUGGGGCUUUGGUAAUAAAAUUAAUUACUUCCACUUUUGACCCAAAGACCAUGAACUCUCCUCACCCCUGUCAAGUUUGCUAAUAAAGCUGGUGGUUGAACAGUGCUCUAUGUGUUGUAUCAAAAAAAAUUAAGGAAGAGAGAACUAUAGUGUGUUAACAUCUAAUUAACCAAUUGUUCACAGUAAGGUUUUUAUUUUCAAGAACAUUGAAGUUUGAAUAGUUAUAAAUGGGACUCUAUUGUAUUCAUGAAAUGGCAGCGUUGUCAGCUAAUUAGUAAUCAAACUGUAACAUGGCGUUACAAAUCGCUCCCUCUAUCAAUAAUUAAUCAUAAAAUCAAACUAGACCUACAGUUUUAUGUAUAUAAACUAUAGAUUACUGUAGAAUAUUAUCAACCAAUUUCAGAAUAAUGUAUUUGUAUGCUAUAUCAGCUGGCACAGAAUAUGGUUGGUUCUGUAUGAACAAUUGUUUGUGCCCAUUUCACAUUGAUUCCCCCCCAGACAUCUGUUUAAAACUCACUAUACAUGUAUUAGUUUCUGUACGUUACAUGUAAAACAUGCUUCCACAACACUGAAGCAUAGCAGUGAUUUUCAACAUUUUAAAAUCUCAACAAUAUAAAAACAGAUAUUUUUUAUGUAACAUUUAGCCAGCAUUUUGUACAAUACUCUGUUCAAAUUUCAAAACUGUGUAAGUUAUAGGACAAUCAAUCAAACAACUGAAACCCAAGCCUUCCUUCCACAACACUGUUAUGCUAAUUUAUUUACAGUAAAUACAUAUUUAAGAAAAUUUAGCACAUACGUAAUUUUGCUGUUUAAUACAGUUUGUAAGAGGACAAUUUAUGUAUUUCAUUUUGCACAGAUCAAUAUACUAGAUUAAACUAUUCAAUCUGUAAGGUCCAAUGUGCUGAGUAGAAAUUGAAGCUCAUAUAAGAAUCAAGCAUUUGUUAAAGUCAUAAUUGAAACACAUGUUAUUAUAAAUGAUUAAGAAGUCAAGGAUGUGAUUUAAAAGCGACACCAAUUUAAAUUCCAAGUGAGUGCAGCAUCAAAACACAUGUUUUCAUCUGUUUCUUAAUUUCAUUCCAGAGAAUUGUUAAUUUCAGUAAUGAUAUAUAAAUGAAUUGUUUUGGUUGUUGCAACUGUUUAUUUAGCAAUGCAGAACAUUAGGAAUAAUUUAGGGUACUUUUAACUCAUUGUAUAACCAUGAUUUUUUAAAUAUGCUAGGCUAUCAGAUAAAACCGUCUGCAAGAGUGUACCUGAUAAUUUAAGAGAUACUUGAAAGUAAUAUGACUCCAUAAAACUAUGUGAUUAUUGCCAUAUUCUUACACACGGGAGAAGAUUUUUAUGCUUUAUUACUAUUAGUACUCUUAUGGAAACUUGUGUUUUUAACCCACCUACAUGUCAUCUCCACUUCUACAAUGUAUUUGAUCAAGCAAGGCUUAAACCCUGAAAAAAAUUGAUAUUUAGGUAUGCCCAAUGAACUAAACCAUACCAACGAGGUAUUGAAUUUUUCAAUUAACUUUUAUCACUUGACUUUAAUAGCAAUUAAUAAGUUAGUUGCUUAGUUAGUCCCAGCCUCAAAUUUGCGAGAAGGGUAAAAACUACCUAUAUUCUCAAGUAUCAUACCAAAAGGAAUUUUCAUUUUGUUAUAAUGAAACUUACAUCACUGAAAAGAGCAUCUCUUUCUAAACAUAUGGUUUUUUACAAGUCUCUACCUUUUUUUAGAGAUAUAAAAAAUGAGUUACCUAGCAACUGCUCAUGUGUUUCUCUAUAAUGAAUAGUGACUCAAAUAGUCUUUUUCAGCAUGUAAAAACUGUUUAGGUAUAUUUUUAGGAUUAACCCUUCGAGUGGCGGUACUUUUUUCUCCAAGUGGCGGGACAUUUUUACUGGUUUUGUAUGUUCGCAAAAGAAAAUCUAUAUAAAUUACUGUGAAUUAUAUAGGUAUGACAUAUCAUAAAAAAAAUAUCAAUUUAAACUACAUAACACACACAAUAGAAUGGUAAUAAUAUGAAACACUUACCUUGGAUUGGGGUAAAAAACAAAUGGGUUGAAUUCCAAAAAUAAAUAUUCAAAUUUUGUUGUUUUAUGUUAGGCUGAGUAAAUGUUCCUAAAUUUAAUGUUUUAACAUAAAUCCAAAAUAGCCAUGUUGUUUAAAAUUUAAUUCUGAAGAAAAAUAUAUAUAUUUUAUAUGUAUUAUUCAUAAAAACAAUACACUAGUUGCUGAUCGAAACUUUUAUGUACACUUUUUAGAGCAUUUUAGUCAGUAUCAGAGCCAACCUCAUUCUUCCUGGUUUGAGAGGCCUCCAGUAAUGUUCCAAGUAAGGGGAAACACUCCCUAUGAAUCCCAAAAUUACAAGCUGGGCACCAGAAAUUACUUUUGCCCCCUUUUUUGGUGUGUCCACACACUGCACAAAGUCUGGUACAUGAGCAAUCCCGUGCGGAAGAUCUUCACUUCGUCCAGGAGGUAGUACAGUUGGUGGAUGAACCGUUUGUAAGGGUUCCAUUAGUGCCAGCAUAUCUAAAUAGUAUAUCAAAAUAAAGUUUGGAAUCUGGUAACCAUACCUAAUAUAUAGAGUUUAAGUCGCUGCAUAACAUCGGAAAUAGCGGAUCAAAAGAGAGAGAUGCGUUAAUAGACGCUAGAGCGACUCUGCCACUCGUGAACGAGAUUUAAUAGACGCUGCAGUGUCUUUCACCACUCGCAGGGUUAAACUGAUAUAUUUUGAAACUAGAAGAACUAAAGUUUCUAUUUAGCAGUUUUUGUGUGAGUUUUGUUACCUACUAUUAACAUCGGCUCCAGAUACUUUUUUUUACUUGGUAUAUUUGUUCUUAUUUACUUAUAAAACAAUAAAUAAGUGUAUGCAAAUAAAUAAAGAUGGUAAAAUUACAAUUUUUGUAUUUCAAAAUGUAAAAAUUUUAGUAUUUAGUAUUUUUUAUUUGAAAUGCCUAAACUGGUUCUAUCAUUCAAACAAAUAUCACAAGUUACAACCUAUUUUCCUCCCUACACAAUAAAACAAAAAUGAUCCAAUUAUGGUUAAUUUUAUUUUAAUUUGGUUUGGCACUCAAAGGGUUAAACAUUUUUCUUUAAAGUAUACUUUUAAAAAAUCAACAACAUGCAUAUACGUAGUGUCUCAGAUAAUUGUACAUUAUUUCAUUAACAUGAAUUAGCGAGUAUGUAUAAAAGUCUUAUAUUUUACCUUAAGAACACAGAUUUGUGAUUUGUUUUAUCCAAUCAUUUCACAGUUUAAAGAAAGACUGAAAUUAGCUGUUAGUCAUGUUCUGGCAAUUUAGUAAAAAAAUACAAUAGUAGAUUCGUGUUUUCUGACACCAGAUCUGUAUUAGAUUAAAGGUUGUUUGUACGAGUGCUGUCCAGUAAGCAACAGAUUCAUUUUAGCUUUGAAUGGUUCAUGCUCCUUUUACUUUGCUCUCUGUGACAAUUUUUAAUGUGCACUGCAAUAAUAAAUUUCACUUCAUGUGUGGUGCUUUCUAUGAGUAGGUUUUUAUUAUAAAAACCAUAAACCAAUUGAAAUUUAUGGCCAAGUUUGUGAUGUCUACAAAAAAUAAAUAAUUAGUGAAACAAUGGUUCAUUGAUUUCAAUAGUAUCUAUUCUCAUGUUCACGAUGAGAACCACAGCGGUACAACUACCCUCAUGAUUGAUAAACUGUUGAAGAAAACAACAAUAAAACUUGUGAUAUUCAAUAUUUCACAAUUGUUUAACUUUUGGAACAUUUCUCCCAAAUUUCAUUAAAUUUUACAUUUUUGUGAAAAGCUUGGAUUUUUGUGUAAUUGUAUACUAAGCAGGUUCUGCAAUUCCUUAUGAAAGACCACAAAAACAGAGAUUGGCUGGAUCUCUGACCUUUCUCAAAGUUUAUGACAAAUGUGGUAAAAAAGUCAUCAAUUUUUUUGUACUGGGAAAUAAAUUUGGAUGAAAUAUAUCUGUUGCAAAACGAAAAGGCAGUCAAUAGUGAUGCCAAAGAGCAUACUGAUGUUAACCAAGGAUUAAAUUGUGCAACAUAUUUCUACAGAGAUAGUGUUAAAAACUUGUUCCAUGGUGUGAGUGCCUUAAUUCGAAUGGUGAUUAGGUUAAGAAUGUACCUGUCACCUGUAUAUACAAGGUUUUGUGUGUUAAUUUUAUUAAUUGUUUUUUCAAAACUACCUUUAUUUUCAGGAUAGUCCUCAUAUAAAGGAACAAAAUAAACAAGAAAAAUGUGGUUGCAGCACAUAAAAUAGUCAGGGGUUCAUAAUAUUAAUGUUGAUUUAACCUGAUUUCAACUAUUAUCCAUGGGACAGUGAUCACAAGAUCUCAAAAAUACAGGACUGUCAUUUAUGACUGUUUUGAAUUUUGACUUCAAAAAUGGUGUGUCUAUGUCAUUUUAUAAACCAACAGUUAAAAAACUGUUUAUUUAUGGAUGUACUAUACAAUCUACUAUCCUUAUAGUCAACAGUUUCAUUGGUUACUAAAACAGUUGGAGAGGUAAGGGGAGGAGGGGGAAAUAAACUGAGAACUGAUUGUAUACCUUCUUAUACUUAGUGUUUUUGUUAAAACAACAGCUCAAUAAUGUGUGAAAGAUUACAGUUUCCAUAAGAGUGUUAGGUUAAGUAAUGUUAAUUGAUAAUUAAGUAAAACAAACAUAAGCCAAAGUAUUUGAUAUUGAAGGGUUUAUUCAAUAAUCAUGGUAUUAAAAUCAUAUCCUAUUAAGCUAUUAAUAUACUAAAAAUACAAAAUAGUCUCUCAAACAUAUACUUACUUUAUUCGGUUUCAAUUUUAUUUACCUACUUAAACCGUAUAGCUUUUGAAUACAUUGCUAUGUAUUCUAUUUUUUUUUUUUUUUUAUAACAAAGCUUUUCGUGCCAAGUAAAAAUUAAUUGUUUGACACUAGAUGUGACAGACAUGAGCUCUCAUCUGCUAUACUUGCCAUUUUCCCUGGGAUGGGGGUGGAUAUAAUAAUCCAAACCUGUUAUGAAUAAUUUUGCUUUGAAUUUAUACAGUUUGUUUCAAAACUCUCCUUAGUCCAUGGAAGAACAUCCUACAGUCUGUAUUGAGAAUUUUGAAUCACCUAGUCAACCAUAUAAAUUGGAUGAAUAUGAUUCAAAUAUUUAGAUAGAAAACCCACCUGAGUAAUGAAAUCUAUGAUCGAUUUGCAUUUGAUAUACACAAUAUUGACCUGGACAUUUUGACUACUGAAACUAUUGUAUUCUACCUCUAUCCUUGCAUUCACCUACAGUUUUACAUUGUUAUAGAUUUUCAAACAAUUCUAUAAAGAUGCAACUAUUAACAAUAUUAUUAUUUUUACAUUUCUAUAGUUUGUGACAAUGGCUUCAUAAACAAAGAUGUCCAUGUUGUUCAACUGUAGGAAGCAACUGUCAAAACUAUUACAAGUUUUCAUAUAAAACUACUGUUAAUGUUUGUCGUUUUGGCAGAAUUAAUAGUAAGGCAGCAUAAUAAAACAUAGGCUAAUAGUAACAUUUUAAAAUAAUAUUUCAAACUGUUCUUAAAACAGUAUUAUAAUUUUUUUUAAAUCCAUGAGGAAUAUCUUUAAGGAGAUAUUUUGAAAGAAAUUAAUGCAGGAUAUCUAAAACAUUAAUUUAAUGGAGUGUUAAUACAGUUUAUUAAAGUUAUUCUAUACUAAUUGUUAAGUAGUUUUACACAGAAGUUUAUAAUCUAUUUGCUUCCCACGUAACGUAAGUCCAUUGCUGUAUGUAGGUUUAAGGUACUUUGUAAACACUCAUGAUGAUGUACUGUGCCUUGAGGACAGGGUUUAAUACAACUGCAUAUUGAUGUAACACAUAAACUAGUUGAUAGCUACUAAUUAGUUGAUUUAUGUACAAAAUUGUGUUUUGCAUUACGAACGUAACCUAACCUAAUGAAGGAGGUAUCAAAUGUAUUAUUUUAUAUAACUAAGAAUAACGUCAUUUUAUUUUAGCAAGAGAACGAUUUUAAGAUAAACAAAAUGUUAAUUUUGAUGGCAACUAUCUUCAUUACCUAUUAUCACUCAGUGUGUUAACGAGUCCAUCAGCUGAUUAAUGUCCUGGUCUGAGUAAGGAAUCUUGGAAUGUGAAGGUUAUAUAGUAUUUAUAACCUAACAUCUGUUGUUUAAUAUGAGAUCAACGAUAAUUUAUCAAGGCAUGACUUCUAUCAUUGUUUAAUAGUAAACAGUAGCUUUUUUGGAAACACCUUGACUCUUGAGAUUGUAUUCAGAGUGCUUACUACACUAUGUAAACCCUCAUACUGGAACUCAGCUUUAUCUUGUUUGACUAUUUGAGGCAUUCAAGUUCUUCCAAAUGACUCCCUAAACUAAAAUUUGUUGGAUUUUAUUCGUGAAAGUUAUAUUAUUGGUGCUAGAGCUUUUAUUAAUAAGUAAAUUUUUAUGCCUAAGACAGAUUUUUGAGGUUAUAAUUCACUGCCCUUGUUCUUUUCAAUUGGGAGUUUUGUAUUCAGUACAACUUUAUAUUAUUUUCAUAUAAAAAUGGUAAUAUCUUAAAAUAAUGUAUUAUUUAAUGUUUGGAUGGUCAUAUUAUUAUGCUUCCUAAAUAAAUAAAAAGUUAAAUAUUAUAUUUGAAACUAGAAAGGUCAAUGAAAAUAUUAACAAUGUAGCCAUUAGUGUAUCCAUAAUUUUACAGUUGUGUAUACAAGUACAUCGUUUUGUAAAACAUCUACAAGACAUCUCAUAACAAAUUGCAAUAAACAUAUAGUUUGAAAUUUGCAUUAUAAAUUUUCAGUUCUCGUGGUUCUGUUGAUAUUUCUAAUUCUUAUAAUUUUAAAUAUAGUUAAAUAAUAAGUUUCCAUGUCUAUGUGGAGAAUGUUAAUUCCAAUAAUAUACUACUCAUGUUUGUAAGAUAAUUAAUCACCAAUAACAGCCAUUUAACUGUCAAGUGCUCAAGAGCUAAGUUUAUUGGUUGGUCUCAAUGAUACUAGACGACUUUCGAUUUAAAAGUCUUAAUUUGGGAGAUGAUGUAUAAAUUUGUUUUAAAUUAAGUAUUGUUAAGAAACAAUACCAUUUUAAUUUUAUAUCAUUAGAUUUAUUUAGCCUACAUUCAAAGAUUGUACAAAUUUGAUUUUAGUACUUUUGAUAUAUGAGCAGAAAUGUGCAUUUCAAAACAUUUGUUUUAUUGAUAUUGUGUAAAUGUUUUUUUUUUUUUUCAAAUAAUUUUUUAAUUUUUUUUAUCUACAAUACAGAUUUUAUUGUUCCACUCAAUUAAUUUUUAUGGUAAUAAUAGUAAAUUUUAUUUUAUUAUUGUUAAAACCGUUUAUAAAUUAUUAGUUUUUUUCUACACUAAUUGAACAUGACAAGUUUAUGAUAGUUUAUGUUCUUUUUAUGAUAUUAUUGAAGUUUUAGUGAUUUUUAUUUAGUUCCUAUGUCUCUUUAAUCAAGCAUUAUGUCACUGUGAUUUUUCAAAUAAAAAUAUAAGAAAUUA